AUGCGUCCCGCGGGCUUCGGGAACUUCUGGCUGCUGGCCUCCUCCCUUCUCGUCGCGGGGCUGUCGGCUGUUCCCCAGAGCUUCUCGCCGUCGCUGAGAAUCGGGCCGGGUGCCGCCUGCAGGCUGUCCCGGGCCGAGUCCGAGCGCCGGUGCCGCGCGCCCGGGCAGCCCCCAGGGGGCGCUCUGUGCCACGGCCGCGGCCGGUGCGACUGCGGGGUCUGCAUCUGUCACGUGAGCGAGCCCGGCGUGUUCUUCGGGCCCCUGUGCGAGUGCCACGAGUGGGUGUGCGACACGUACGACGGGAGCACCUGCGCAGGCCACGGUAAGUGUGACUGUGGCAAGUGCAAAUGUGACGAAGGCUGGUUUGGGGACGCUUGCCAGUACCCAACUCACUGUGACCUGACGAAGAAGAAGAGUAACCAAAUGUGCAAGAAUUCUCAAGAUGUCGUCUGCUCUAAUGCAGGGACAUGUCACUGUGGCAGGUGUAUGUGUGAUAAUCCAGAUGGAAACAGCCUUGUUUAUGGUAAAUUUUGUGAGUGUGAUGAUAGAGAAUGCAUAGACGAAGAGACGGAAGAAAUAUGUGGAGGCCAUGGAAAGUGUUACUGUGGAAACUGUUACUGCGAGGCUGGUUGGCAUGGCGAUAAAUGUGAGUUCCAGUGUGAUAUCACCCCCUGGGAGAGCAAGCGAAGAUGCACGUCUCCAGAUGGCCAGAUCUGCAGUAAUAGAGGGACUUGUGUGUGUGGUGAAUGUUCUUGCCACGAUGUUGACCCAACUGGAGACUGGGGAGAUAUUCAUGGGGACACCUGUGAAUGUGACGAAAGGGACUGUAGGGCCGUCUAUGACAGAUACUCUGAUGACUUCUGUUCAGGUCAUGGACAGUGUAAUUGUGGAAGAUGUGACUGCAAAGCAGGGUGGUAUGGGAAGAAGUGUGAGCACCCACGUUCCUGCCCGCUGUCGGCAGAGGAGAGCAUCAGGAAGUGCCAGGGAAGCUCGGGUCUCCUUUGCUCCGGAAGGGGUAAAUGUGAAUGUGGCAAGUGCACCUGCUACCCUCCGGGGGACCCCAGGGUGUACGGCAAGACGUGUGAAUGCGACGGCCGCCGCUGUGAGGGCCUGGACGGCACGGUCUGCGGGGGCCACGGCACCUGCUCCUGCGGCCGCUGCGUGUGCGAGCGAGGAUGGUUCGGGGCGCUCUGCCAGCACCCGCGGAAGUGUAACAUGACGGAGGAACAAAGCAAGAGUCUGUGCGAAUCAGCGGAUGGCGUCCUGUGCUCCGGGAAGGGUUCUUGCCACUGUGGGAAGUGCAUCUGCUCUGCCGAAGAGUGGUACGUUUCUGGAGAGCUCUGUGACUGUGACGACAGGGACUGUGACCAGCACGAUGGCCUCAUUUGCACAGGAAAUGGAAUAUGUAGCUGUGGAAAUUGCGAAUGCUGGCGUGGAUGGAAUGGAAACGCGUGUGAGAUCUGGCUUGGCCCAGACUACCCUUAAGUACCACGUGGGACAGGACUGCAUUCUCAGAUUCUUGUUUCUAAGGAUACAUUAUUGACUGCAAAAGUAGGGUCAUGCAAAGAAGUCAAGAAGAGAUACUGUGAUCAAAUGGCGCCGGUCUCAAAGCUCACCAGAUUAAAAAAAAAUCUAGAAGUGUCUUAGGUAGAAAUUACAAAUAUUCACUCAGUGAUAGGAAUAAAAUGUUUAUUUUCUUAAUGGUGAAAUUUCACUCUGUAUGAAAUUCACAUUGAAUUAUGAAAAUGUACAAUAAUUAGGACUUCCCUUAUAUAUGUACAGUUAAAUCUACUUACACACAUUAGUUUAGGCAACCUUUAAUUAUUUGGAGCUAAAAAAAACCCACUUUUUUUUCUAAAUGUGAAUUAUAUUUUGUAAAAUCCUAGAAUAAUGUAACAAAAUCAUUUCCACAUUGUUUAAGAUGAAAAUUGUUACUUGGAAAUUUUACUUAAUGAUGUAAAUAUCCUAGAGUCAUGGCUUGGACUUUAUUAAGUCAAAUCACCAAAAAUUAAGGAAAAUAUGUGUCUGCCGAGUUACUUAAAAAUUUAAUAUUGAAAGUUAUUUAAGAGAAAAUUUAUCUGAUGCUGACUUUGAUAGUACUAAUAGUGUUCUGAUACUUUAAUAGAUUUAUAAAAUCGUAAUCUCUAUCCUGAGAUGAUGAAGUGCAACCGUAUUAGUUGUAUCUCUAGUAUUGAGUGUGUCCAUUGAUAUAUCAGUUUUGUAAAAUGAGGGAAAAAUAAGCAGUUCAGAAAUCAUAUAGAUGAUAUUCUUUCCUCCUCUCUAGCUAAUCAUUUUUAGCCUCAAACAAAUCUAUUAUUAUUGUUCCGUAGCGUUUUGAUGACUCGAUGACGCGUGAUCAUCAGAAUUCACUACAUCACAUACCUUCCCACACUGCAGAACUCUGUUUUCCGUGAAGGACCAGAUCAUCAAUACUUUAGAUCCCAUGGACCACCUACAUCUCUGUGUUCUUCUCUGUUUGUUUGUUCUUAAUACUUUGAAAUUAUAAAAGGAAAAACAGAACACUCAUUCCGAGCUCCUGGCCGGAGAAAAUCAGACUGCAUGCUGGAGAUGGUUCCCAGCUGAGCAGUAGUUGGCCAACCGCACUCUACUGGAGAUGUUAUUCAUCUUGUCUUAGCCUGGAUUCCUGGGUGUGUCUUAGUUUUCUGAUAACUCCCCCUGUUUGCUAGCCCUGUGUAUUAACAACUACAACAAAAGGGCUUCGCUUUUUAUGUUUUCAUAUAAGGAAAAUGUCCUCAGCAUGUAUUUUUUAUUUUUUUUAGAAAAAGUUUCGAUAGGGAGAAAUUAUACUAUGAAGUUUGUAAUGGGAUUUGUUCAAAAUUUUUUGACAAGGCUGAAAACACAGUCAGCUGAAUUCUGGGUUCAUUUAGCUACAAAUUAUUGAACCGAAACUGAGUGAUAGCCUAAGUCACAUGGUACCUAAUCUCUAAGGAAUAUUUUUCUUUUAAAAUAGAAAUAUUUUCUUUUUACUUCUUUCUGUCUGCUUUAUUUCAUACAUGUGUAUGUGAUUUUGACUCUAGCAAUGCAAACAUCAAUAGAUAUAAGAAGUUAUUUAAUUUACAUGUUUAAAUUGGAAAAAAUAAAAUAUAGUUACAUGUAAAGACGUAAAUCCUACCCUUCUUCAAUGUGAUUUUGUAUUUUGACUUUCAAUUUGGUUACUAAGAUUUAAUAAAAAAAAAAACGGCUCCCUCUUUCAAACAAAGGCAGGGCAGGAACAAACUUGUUAUAGGUGAAGGGUAAAUGUGCGAAUCUCAUUGUCUUGUUCGAGUUUGUGUGAAGUUACAGGGAGAUUAACGUCAGUUGGGAAGGGAUGUGACAGGACGCGUUUGCUGCUGGUGUUGGCACGCAUCACACUUGUUGGCAAACCAUCACCGAGGAAUUCUUCCACAAAGACUUUUCAAUAUAAUUGACUAAGGUCCUAAGACCCAAGAGGACAGUCAUGAUACUCCACUUUCUCUUUGCACCCUUCAGCUAAUAUAAAUGCCUGCAGCACCUUGAAAAGAAUGGCCACCGCCACCUCAAAUACAAACACAGUUUCCACCAGCAAACAUCAGGAUUAGACCGAAAGAUACAGAAAACUGAGAAAAAAUAAAAACAAUCACAACUCAGCCUUUGUUUGCAGACUAACUAUCGAAACUUUGAAGCCCUACUCAGUGUCCAAGAGUCCGCAGGCCCCGUGUGCCCCCCCUCGUAAGCUAUGAAACUUAAGCUGGGAAAUGUAUUUUACUCCCAAGUUAUACAGGUCUCAUCUGGAUGUUGGUAUAUCUGCAUUUAGCCAAUUGCUUUCCUUGGAAAGAGACUUGUUCUGAAAUAAAGUGAAAAAUAGUUUUCAAUUA